AUGAGCAUUACAUCUGAACUUGGAAAGAGCUCCGCGGAGCUUAUGGCAUAUCAGGGAUUCAAGAUCCGCCGUCUACGUGGAGACGUGGCAAUUCAUACAAUCAACUCCUUGUCUCGCCUUGAGAAGAGGCACAUCCUCUCAAGUAACCAUCUCACCUUCCUGAUGAGAUGCCGAGAUCAACAGAUCAUCCCUAAAGGCCUACAGCUCCGCUCUCCUGUCCAGUCUGUAGCUGCUAAAACCAUCCUUCACCAAGCUUCCAGAAAACUCCACACUGAUCAUGAACGCAUCCGACAUCACCGAAAGAUCAAGGCCACCACCACAGCUGCCAUCAGUUAUCUCCACACCUCUGUCAACAACACGCUUGAACCAGAACUGUUCUCAUCCUUACGAACUGCCCAGACUACCGCUAACACCAAACUAGACACCUCAACGAAGAAUGGACAUAUCAUGAAGCUACAACAACUGGCCACUUCAGCAACCAAAUCGAACGAGUAUCGUGCCACCAACAUAAGAAUUGUCAACAUCAGCAAUAAACCCCUUACUAACCAUCAGGUAGAUGCUUUGGCCAAGGGUCUAAAAUUUGCUCCCACUUCUGCACGAGUUAACUCUGAUAUAUUCAUCGCCAAUAUCGAGAAAGGCCUUCACCAACCAGCACCUGGUGGAAAAGUUGACUACCUCCGACACCAGAUCAGCAACAUUCUGCAGAAGGCCCAACCCCAGAAACCCAACAUCACCACAGCUGAGAAAAAGCCAUUAAGCAAUUGA